AUGUGGAUCAAACCCCUAAUUUUGGCUUUCUAUUCCUUUGCACUUGUGGUUUGCACAGAGGAACAAUUUGCCUCCCGAAGGAAUUUGCUGUCGGAAGCCUAUUCUGCUGAAGAUGGCAAUAAUUCUGGAAGAAAUAGAUCCAAAAGGACACUAUCCGGGAGAAGUUAUUGCAGGCUAAAAGGCUGCUGCCCAGGCAGAGAUGAUGGCUGUGCCUUAGAAUACUAUGCCAGAAAUGCCACAUGUUACUGUGAUGACUUCUGUACUUCGGGUCCUCCUGACGCUGUGGACUGCUGUCCUGAUUUCUGGACUGCGUGCCAUGGCCGUGCUAGUGGGCAGCACCCAAAUCCAGAGCUUAUAAGAACCGUUCAGUUACAGCAAGUGGGUUGUUUCAAAGGUGGUCAGCAUUAUGGAGAAGGAACAAUGCUUAAAGACAACUGCAACUCAUGCAAAUGUGUAAACAGUAAUUGGAAAUGCUCUGAUGAAACAUGCCUUGUGCAACCCAGUUUAAUUAAGAAAAUCAACAAUGGGAACUAUGGGUGGAAAGCUAGCAACUACAGCCAGUUCUGGGGAAUGAGCCUGAAGGGAGGUUUCCAUUAUCGUCUUGGCACACUUCCCCCAUCCGCCGCUCUGCUGGCCAUGAGACCAGUCACAGGAAGCUUGGUAGCUGAAACAGACUUCCCUGAAUUUUUUGUGGCCUGGUAUGAAUGGCCUGGGUGGAUUCAUGAUCCUCUGGACCAAAGAAACUGUGCUGCAUCCUGGGCUUUUUCAACUGCAAGUGUUGCUGCAGAUAGACUAGCAAUCCAUUCCAAAGGCCAUUUCACAGACAACCUUUCCCCUCAACAUUUGAUCUCUUGUGACACCAGGAACCAACAUGGAUGUAAAGGAGGAAGCAUACAUGGUGCUUGGUCUUACCUCAAAAAACAUGGGCUGGUUUCUCAUGUUUGCUAUCCAUUAUUCUGGCAUCAGCCACCCACAAAUGGUUGUGCAUUUUCCAGUGAAAUUGGUGCAGAUGGGAAAAGGCAUGCCACACGUCCAUGUCCAAAUAACAUUGAGCCAUCCAACCAUAUUUAUCAGUGUGGUUCUCCCUACAGAAUCUCUUCACAGGAGACUGAUAUAAUGAAAGAAAUUAAGGAAAAUGGGCCAGUGCAAGCUGUCAUGCAAGUCUAUGAUGAUUUCUUCCUUUACAAGAGUGGGAUUUAUAAGCACAGCCAGAAUGCAGAAGGCCAGCUACCACACAGUCAUCAGAAGAAAACUCACUCUGUUAAAAUUGUUGGGUGGGGUGCACUGCAAGAUGAAGAAGGACGAAGGCAAAAAUUCUGGGUUGCUGCAAAUUCUUGGGGAAGAACCUGGGGAGAAAAUGGCUAUUUCAGGAUUUUACGUGGACAAAAUGAAUGUGAUAUUGAGAAGCUGGUUAUAGCUGUCAAGUGUCACCUUUAGGCAGUUUUCAUAUUGAUUUCAUUUCAGGAAUAAAAUUUUGUCAUUUUAUUCUGUUCCAUAUGCAAUCCUUCUGUAUAAAUGGGAUAUAAUCUAGUG